GCGCCGCGUGACGGGCGGGCGGUGGCCAUGGCGCGAGCCGGGGCGCGCGGCGCGGCGGGUGCUGCGGGGGAGCCCCCCCGAGCCGCCGCCAUGUCCUCCGUCGCCUCCUACGAGAGCCUGGUGCACGCCGUGUCCGGGGCUGUGGGCAGUAUGACUGCAAUGACUGUGUUUUUUCCUUUGGAUACAGCUAGGCUUAGACUUCAGGUUGAUGAGAAGCGGAAAUCUAAGACAACACCAGCAGUCCUAUUGGAAAUAAUCAAAGAAGAAGGCCUGUUGGCACCGUAUCGAGGAUGGUUUCCUGUUAUCUCCAGCCUCUGUUGCUCCAAUUUUGUUUAUUUUUAUACAUUUAAUAGUCUUAAAACUCUCUGGGUCAAAGGUCAGCAAUCAACCACUGGAAAAGACUUGGUUCUUGGGGUUGUUGCAGGUGUAGUAAAUGUCCUGUUGACCACUCCCCUUUGGGUAGUCAACACACGUCUGAAGCUGCAGGGAGCAAAAUUUAGAAAUGAAGACAUUGUACCAACCAAUUACAAAGGCAUAAUAGUCAUUGAAUUUUACUGGAAACUGGACUUUGCCAUUUCUGAUGAUGCCUUCCAUCAGAUAAUACGAGAUGAAGGAGUCUUAGCUUUAUGGAAUGGUACUUUCCCCUCUUUGCUGUUGGUCUUCAAUCCUGCCAUACAGUUCAUGUUUUAUGAAGGCUUUAAACGGAAGCUUUUGAAAAAGCAGCUGCAACUCACAUCUCUGGAUGCUUUUGUCAUUGGUGCAGUAGCCAAAGCGGUUGCCACCACCCUCACUUAUCCUCUGCAGACAGUACAGUCAAUUCUGCGGAUAAUGUCCUGACCUUUUCAGUAGCCAGAAUAUGAUUCAUCAGGGAAAGCUGGACUCCCUCAUGAAUAAUAUCUUCAACCACUUGCCUGGUCUUGUUUGCUACUUGUAGUGCUAGUGGAAACACUAUAAUUUAUUCUCACUUGCAGUUUGUGCAUGAUGGAUAAUGCUGCUGCCUUCAGUAUGUACCAAUAUUAUAGUAAUGUUGAAACAAAACAAAGCUGGGGAUGGGGUGGGGAAGAGAUCUUACUAUACAUGAAAAAGCGUAUUGUACUUUAAUUUCUGUGCUUUUUAAUCUGUUUCUGUAAGAUGUUUCAUGGUGGGUUUUUUGUAACAGUUAAAUGUGAAUAAAUGUUUCCACAUUUAAUAUAAUACUGUUUUCCUAAGUAAGGAGUGGUGAGACACUGGAACUGGUUUGCCCAGGGAGGUUGUGGAAGUCCCAUCCCUGGAAGUGUUCAAGGCCGGGUUUGAUAGGGUUUCGAGCAACCUGGUCUAGUGGGGGGUGUCCUGGCCCAUGGCAGUGGAACUAGAUGAACUUUAAGGUCACUUCCAACUCAAACCAUUCUGUGAUUCUAUGAGAAGACCUAACUUGCAUGUAUGCAAAAGCCAUUAAAUGUGUUCUAAAACUUGUAUACAUUUGGAGGAUUAGUUGAGUUAUUGAACAUGAGUCUUCCAUAAUAAGGAUAUUACUUUUCAGUCUUGUCUGUAAGGGAUUUUUUUCUCUUAAUUGUUCAUCUGGAAAAAGUGGGUUUUGUGCAAGCUUUGUAAUUAUUUUAGUUUUUCUUCUCUCUAAUUAGAGUGGACUAAAUGUAUUUUGAUUUUUGAUAGCCUAUAAAAAGAAGGAAGCUAUAUGUCAAACCAACAAGGCUUGAAUAUAUUUACUGUGUGGUUGCUGCAGCCCUGAAGACUAGAUAAAACAUUGGCAUCUGCAUAUCUUUGCUUUGGCACUCUCACGGUGCACAAAAUGCCAUCUACAUUGUAGAUCUGUCAGCCACAUUGUCAUUUUGUCAGCAGUCAUCUUUUCUAAAGUUUUCAUAGCUUUUGAUGAUCAGCUGGGCUAGUGCCUCUCUCUAUUUGAUGCCUUAUCCUGUUUUAACAGCCUGGAGACAUCUCGGAAGUUAAAGUAGUAAUACAGACUUCUGUUACUAAAGUGACACAUACUGAAAAACAUUAAAGUAAAUACAGCUUUAUUUGGAUAAGUUGCAACAUCAGCCUGUUUUAAUUUGAGAUGUGUUUUCUGCUGGUGUGAGGGAAGACUGGACGGAAAGUUGGAGUGCUCUCUUUUAGCCUUUGCAUUGCACAGCAGUGACUUUCACGGGACUCCAUCUAUGUCACAGCUUCAACCCUUAUUCCUUUCCAUGGUUGCUACAGAAAUAGUUACAAUCUUGUGACUAUUACUUCAUGUUUUGUCUGCCUCCUUUUGGUUUGAUCAAAAUUCAUCUGUCUCUUGGUAACAGUGUCGUUCUUUAAAAGAAGGGCAGCUUAGGCAAGUUGUGCUGCCAUCUUGAUGUACUAACCAGCUGCUGCUUACUGCUUGCCACAGCUAAAGUCAGCUAGUUCCCUGCUGGCUUGCCUGAGCAGCAGAGGGUUGCCUUUCUGCCAGAGCCCAGCUAACCGUCAGUGUCCUGGUGGUGGUGGUAUUUUUCUCACAGUGGCCCACUGUGAGAUAAAGUGGGGCCUCUAUGCUACUUCUGAAUACCACUCCAUUCUUUCCCUGUGAUGAUGGGGAAUACAAGGACCCUUUCCCUAGUUCUGUAGUCACUAGAAGUGACUUUUCCCUUUGUCCUGUGGAACAAUAAUAGCCAGAACCCCUGAACAGUUCUGGUGAGAGCAGCAGAAACGUGUCUGUGAUACCUUUCGUGUCCAAUUCAGACUUGCAGUACUUUGUGUUUUUAACCUAAGGCUAGCAUUGUUAUGUUUGAUGAAGCUUUUGUCACACUCACUGUGAUGUUAAAAAAAAAAAAAAUAUGGAUAAGGGUUUAGUAUUUUCAGAAAUAACAUUCUGCAUGAAGUAUACUUUGUAUAGUUGAGGAGUUUUUUGAAAUUAUUUCAGCAGAUUUAUGCACAAGCUAAUACAAGCUCGAGAUAAUUAAUGAAAAUUACCACAUCAAUAUUAAAUUAUGUCAUCAAAGUAGAAGUACAGGAGUUUUCAACCUUAAACCUUUAGAAAUUUACUGUUGUUUAAAAGUUAUUAGAGAUCUUUGUAAUGAAGGCUCUAUACCUUUGCUUUUAACUUUUUGGCAAAGCACUCUUGCUUCCAUGUAAGAGUUAUCCUGUCUUAAUUGACAGGGGUAGGCAGCUUCCAGCCUUGCCUUUUUGGUAUGUCUGUUUGCUUUUCAGUCGCUAAAAAUACAUGGUACUGGUAUUACUUGUUAUGCAGUGGAACUGUUCUUUAGCCUGUGUGUUGGUAAACAGUGGAUAAAUGAAAUUUGUCUCUGGAGAAGUACCAAUACUGUUAAUGUUCUUAGUGAUCAUGGGUGAAAAAGUUCUCUUUAAAACUCAAGCCUCUUGCCUCUAGUGUAGAGAAUGCUAGUCCCUUUGGGAGAUCUGCAGUUAUUGCUGAAGUAUUGUCAUCCUAGGGAGAAAUGAAUUAUUUUCCCCCAUUGAUGAAUCUUUGCAGUACAAAAAUAUUCUGAGGAGAAAAGAAAGAAUGAAGCACCUAAUCCUGGUGUAGUUUGGAAGCCUGAGUAACCUAGGCACCCAUUGGCAUUGUAACUGGGAACCUAGUUAGCAAUUUUUUUGGGAUGUGUCUGAGUCUUUGGCAGUAAUCCUUAACGUUGAUUUAUCAUUACCAAAUGAGUUAGUUGUUGAUGAGAAGACACUGGAUUGUGAACACCUAUUUGCUAAUAGAGAGGUUUCCAAUAGUGUUGUGUUGCUCGUUUUCAGCUGAGUUCUUAAGACAUAACGCAAAGGCACCUGUGUCAUCCUGCCAUUUUCUUAUAAUUUCUGAACUGCCUAAAUCUGCUUGUGUACUCUACCUACUGUCAACCAUAAUUUCUUGUGCCUAAGAAGUAGCAGUUGCCUGAGUAAGUUCUGGGAGAAACUCUUCCACAGACAGUUGUUCAAGUUCACCUUUCUUAGCACAGAAACAUAAUACAGGCUUCAAAAGCUAUUUGGCUAUGUUGUUGUAGUAGAAAAUGUGGCAACACUUGUAUAUUAAUAAUUCAUAGUUACAAGUUGCUGACAGUACUGAUAACCUGUAUCAAAUAAAGAAUAUCAAUUAAUGCUAGAAAAGGAGCUGCUGAAAUUGCUGGUUUAACUGUGAGACAUGAAAUUACAGCAGCAGCUAUCAUACUUACUGAAAAACAAUUGGGGAUAAGCAAAUGCAGUAAGAGAGUAUUGUUUAGAGCAGGUAGGUGGAUCAAACAACUGUAGAGUCUUCCACAGCAGUUCACAUGUGAAGGCUUUGCUCCAAGACCAUUGCUGGCCAGAUAAAUUUUUCAUUCAGCUGUGCAAUCUCAAUGUAGUAAUGGUUUGCAGAUGUAUGAGGCUUUGAAUCUUUAUUAAAUGAAAGCUGAACAAGCCAGGAAGAACUUGCUUUGAAUGUCAUAUUCCUACUAAUACUCUGCAAAUUACACUUUUAUCAUCUUGAAAACUGUUUCCUCCACAGCAACAGACCGAGGGCAAGUAUGGCCACAUGUAAUACUUUCUUAGAAUCCAUCUUAAACCCCAAACAAAUUAUUCUAAUGCAUACCAUUUUAGUGCUUGUUGUGUAAAGUUCAAUAGAGUGAGAAUUGGCUUCAGUUCCUCACUGAUGGCUAGUAUAACCUGGAAAAAUGUUAAAAGAGGUUUAAGAUAGGCUCUCCAGGUUUCAUUCAUGUGUUGUGGUCUCUACCUAAGACCAAGGGGAAAUAGCACAGCAAAAGGGUCUUCUU